GUUAAUAAAAAAAAAAAAGUGUUAUUACCAGGCACGUUUCUAUUCCUUCCAAUCUCUCCUCAAUCAACCAGCACACCAAAUCGCAACUGGGAACAUGCCAUGGGAUUAGCGAAUGAUCUUUGUCAAAUGCCAACCCUGAAUUAUUAGAAGGGUAGGUGCCGUAAGGCGGCGGCAAACCCACCGGCUGACCUAUAAAUUUCUGUUUUUUAGGUGAAAACAAUCCACCAGAGAGAGAGAGAGAGAGAGAGAGAGAGAGAGAGAGAGAGAAGGGAGAUUUUCAAUUUCAGUAAGUUUUUUUUUUUUUUUUAUUUGAUUGAUCUCAGGGAGAUAUCGAAGAAGAAGAAGAAGAAAUGUGGGAAUCGAUCUGUUUGACAUUGGCAGCAACGGCGGGUAAUAACAUAGGCAAAGUUCUACAAAAGAAGGGCACUGUUAUUCUCCCUCCUCUCUCCUUCAAGCUCAAGGUGAUAAGAGCAUAUGCUGUUAAUAAAUCAUGGGUGAUAGGAUUUCUGAUGGAUAUAUGCGGUGCCUUGUUGAUGUUGAGAGCGUUAUCUCUGGCUCCGGUAUCUGUUAUUCAACCAGUUUCUGGCUGUGGGCUUGCCAUUCUAUCCGUCUUUUCACACUUCUAUCUACAAGAAGUCAUGAACGUUAUUGACUGGAUGGGGAUUACAUUAGCUGGCAUUGGCACCAUAGGAGUUGGUGCUGGUGGAGAGGAGCAAGAGGCUUCUUCAGUAUCUAUUUUACAGUUACCAUGGUUGGCAUUCGUUGUUGUGAUCGUGUUUGUGCUCCUAAAUGGGUGGCUUCGCAUCUGCAAGCGUCAAAGGAGAGAACAAGAACUGGUGGAGUAUGAAGUUGUUGAAGAAAUCAUAUAUGGCUUGGAAUCUGGAAUUUUAUUUGGAAUGGCAUCAGUGAUAUCAAAGAUGGGUUUUGUCUUCGUGGAGCAGGGCUUCUCCAAAAUGUUGAUUCCUCUAUGUGUCUCAAUCAGCAUAUGUUGUAGUGGUACUGGAUUUUACUACCAGACUCGUGGCCUAAAGCAUGGUAGAGCAAUUGUGAUCUCCACAUGUGCUGCUGUGGCAUCAAUUGUGACUGGUGUACUUGCUGGUAUGCUUGCAUUGGGCGAACGGUUGCCUUCAGCACCAGUUGCUCGUCUUUCACUUCUACUUGGAUGGUCAUUUAUCAUGAUGGGCGUCAUUUUGCUUGUGAGUUCAACAAGACUGAUGCGACACCUUCCACGGCCAUUGCGGAAUUUAAUACCAUGUGUAGUGGACCAGAAUUUCAAUCCCAGGCGAUCAGGGUCUCAUCGAGUCAAGGAUCCCAAUCCAAGUGCUGUUGUCCAGGCAACAGCAUUGCAUCAUCUGAUACCAACACCAGCUAAGGAGAAGGCAUAAGUCAAGAAACAAAAGAUUACUGAAUAUGCACGUGACUGUCAAUCUAAGAUAAAAUUUUGGGUCUUGAUGCGCUUGGGAUGUACGGUACAUUCAAUAUGAUUGCUGUUUUUUUUUUUUGGAGGGCCUCGAGAUUUUUAAGAUCAGUCCUUCACUAAGAUGUUUGACAUUAUAAAAUGUGAAAUUUGUAAACGAAAACUAUUCUAAAAUGACCUUAAUACGGUAUUAAAUCUAUUUCCGCCUUAGUUUCUUGCAAAAAACGUGAGAGCAGCAUCCUAAACAGCUAUAGAAUUGCCAAGAGUGCAUAAACAGAUUCAGGGAAUGGCUAGCCAUUUUUCACUUAUCUGUCGCGUUUAGCUCAUGUAGCCAUUAGUCGUUUGUUGUGGGGUUCGGUGUUAACUCGAUGAACGAUUAUCAUUGGAUGAGUGGAAACAGUCAGCAAUCAUCGCAUUUUCUGUUCUUUGCUUACCGUUAAGCAUCAAAUUAUUCCUCCCUUCCCCCAAACAGGUGCACGCGGGAACAGAGGAAGAACCCAGAAACUUGGAAGACAUAACUGUGUGCAAAGCAUAUUCACACUCAGGCAAUUGGUGAUUAUUCUCUGUUUCACCUACCGUUACAAUAUAGAAAGAAGAGUGAAAAUGUUGUUUUGUUGACUUGAACGAUGAACGAAGGCGGCAUUUACCGGCCUAAUCCUCCAUCCCCUGGUACAAGCCUCAGCUUAACCAGUAUGUCACAAGUGUUAAUGUGCUUAGAUGUGUAAUAAGUCCAUU